GUAAGAGGUACAGCGGAAACCUGUCUAAUUUGAACUUAGCAGUUUACGAUUCUAUCCAAUUCAGUCAUUAUGGGAAAUGCUCAGUCUCAAGAAGGUGACUCGGCUAUGUCACGUAACGCCCAAAGUGUAAACAAACAUGUUACACCGGAAAAUCAUGAUUCGGUUCCUCACAGAACUCAAAGCAUGAUCAGCAUUGCUCCAGAUGAUCUCAAUCAAGAUGCGGACCUCAUGGAUGACAAUUCAAGUACAGCCGGUGCUAACGAUGGCUAUCAAAAUGCCGCAGCCGGUACCGGACGAAAUAAACGCCGCUCUCACUCCUCUACUAAAAAAGAACCAUACAAUGGUCCUUACGUGCCUACUGUCCUUCGUUGGAGAGGUGGAGGUGAAAUCGUCUAUGUUACGGGAUCUUUCUCAAAAUGGAAAAAGAAGAUACAAUUACUCAAAACCGAAGAUUAUACAUUAGUAUUGCAGUUACGCCCAGGAACUCAACGAUUUAAGUUCCUGGUAGAUGGUAUCUGGUGCUGCUCUUCAGAUUUUCCCACAGCAACAGAUGCUGAAGGAAAUCUAUACAAUUACCUUGAGGUUGAAGCUAAUGAAGGUGUUGACACUGGUCUUGAUCAGAGAUUUAGCCAAGUGCAAACUAAUUUCCCUCCUAGUGAAGAGCCAGAUUCCGAGAAAUAUGUGUCCGAAAUACCGUCUUUUCUUUCCAGUAAUUCUCUUGCCGAAAUGAAACUCCCCAAACCUCCUUCAUUACCUCCUCAUUUGGAGAAAUGUAUUUUAAACUCUAAUACUGCCUAUAAAGAAGAUCAAUCUGUUCUUCCAAAUCCUAAUCAUGUCGUUCUAAAUCAUCUAGCUGCUGCUAAUACCCAAGUGGGUGUAUUGGCUUUGAGUGCAACUACUCGCUACCAUCGAAAGUACGUUACUACCGCCAUGUUUAAGAAUUUUGAUGUGUAAUAAUUUUAUUGCAUAUCUCUACCCCUACUUAAUAUUUAGCUUCUCAAAUAGUUUAUCAUAUAUAUUAUUUAUAAAUUUUAAAAACAUUAUGAUUUCUGUUUAAUAAAAGUAGUAACGAAGACGA